AUGAAGAAACUCAACCAAUGUCCAGGUGGCGGGUACAAGAGGAUGCAGGAGAAGCUCCUGUCUGGAACAGAGAUGAAAUGCAAAGCCUGCGAUUGUCUUCUGGAGGAAUGCAAUUUCUCCUGUGACGACCUUGAGUCAUUCGUUAUUGAGUUUGCUAGCACGGGAAUCGCGCCCGUUUUGCAGACUGAGACAGCUACUUUGGAGCAGGAGUCGGUUGCGCAGGACCAAGGGCGGGACCAGAAAAGUUCAGUGCAAAACAAGGAGGGGGAGGAGGAUGAAGACCCUUUCUCUUAUGCCAGAAAAUUUGCUCCAACGAUUGAACUACUGGAGCCAGGUAGCUUUGGAAAAGCUUUUCCAUAUAGAUGCCACGCUUGCAAGAACAAGACAUGGCCAGAGGGAAAGGUGGGGAACCUCAACGUUCCAAAGGCAAGUUCAGUGAAGUUUUUCUUGGACCAACAUUUGGAAUCAGCUGGCCACGUAAAGGCCAUGAAGAGGCUUUCUGAGAAUGGAGAAGAGUGUGAUGAUUCCAAAUUGGUCCCGUGCCCGGCUGUAUGCAUCGGUCAUCCAUCCGCAGGUGUGCUUUAUGAAAGCCGCGAAGAGUUUGCGACCUGGGCAUCCAUGUCCAACCUGAGCGUGUACGCCAAACACAGCUACUGGCGGGAGACUAGUGGUGAAUUUGGAGACACUUGGUACAUCAGAAGCUCCUCUUGCCGCACACAUUGCAAGCCAAAGUUUGCUGGGAGAGACAUGUGCGACCAAUGUCAAGCUCUCACGGUCCAGCACAGCAUUUUCGGGAACGUUUACAGAUUGACCCUCAAGUACUACACAUCAAGGUUGCUCUCGGCGCGGCUCUUUGUGGGACAAGCUGAGGUAGUGAAGGUGGAAGCAGAAAUGCGAAACAGCUUUCUCUACAACCGUGACAGCAAGAAGGUGGAACAACUCAUCAGUCUUGACAACAGCAAACUGCAACAGGUCAGCGUGGCAUCAGUUCCUGACCGCCUGGGUGAGAUUGUAGCAUCUUUCACGGCCAUUCUGGCUUCGGGAGAGGCAAGUGAUCUGGAUUGUGCUAAUAUUCGGGUGGCCGCAGCCGCCGUGAGCGGGCAGUUGGAAGGCCACCCCAUGAUCAUGGGUCUGGCCAUUCAAUGUUCCCGGAUGCUCGAUCGCAAGUCCCGAGGGAUUGAGAACAUGCGAGGUCUGCAGCUGGCCUUGCGAGCAUCCAACAGAGAGCUUUGCAAGGAGUUCGGGAUCUCUGCUGUUUCCUUGAAUGUCAUGGACAAGCUCGCCGAAAGGUCGUUGCCGCGGCCAGCAUUAGCGAUCAUGGAUCCAGAGAUCCUCUCCGGCAACUUUACCAUAAUCGAUCAACGAUUUGAAAGGCUAAUCUUGGCAUUUGACCAUACAUACCUAACAAAGACACUUUGUCAGAUAUCCUUGUUCGGCAAGAAAGGCAUUGUUGGAGGUGCUUGGGCACCUGAGAAUCCACAGAACGCAUUCUUCUCCUUGGAGGAAGGGCGUGUCGACAUUAAGGCAAUUCCAAAGGCGUCAUCCAUGAUGGCUUGCGUUUGCUGGGACCCCUCGGCACCCAAGAAGGCUUGCCUCUCAGCAUGCGCUAUUCCUCUGGGCUCCUCAUUUGAAGGGCUUGAUGCCAAGUACAAGGGCAACUGGGCGAUGCUACACACUCUUGGCACUGUCUUGUCCCACUCCGAUCAGAUCAUCCGCGGCAUAGCUUUCGACGCCGCUACAACACAUCAGUUUAUCAGGAAGGUGCUGUGUGGUCAACUCCAAGACGUAGACUUGGAAGAGCUCCGAACUGUUCCCUUUUUCGGAGAACUGGAGUGGCAGGAGCUGCCAGAGAAUCCACUUCCGAGACUUCCAGUACGCAUUGCGAUGUACAGAGGCAAAGCAGAGCGAGCUGAAGCAGCGCUUUCAGGUUUCCUGUGCCUGGAUAUGUUUCAAAUGCUUGCUAUGGACAAGUGCAAGCAAAUGUGCUUGCCUGCAGGCAGCACAUUCAUGGCCCCUGUCACGUGUGCCAACUUGCAAUACGUUGCUCUUUCCACAGUCGUGGUGUGCCUCACGAAGGACAUCGACUUUGAGCCUUGGCGGUAUGGCAACGCCAGAUUGACGGAAAUUGCGAUAGAGCAGGUGUUCGGGCAUCUCCGUUCGCAAAUGAGCAACAGUCAGUUGACAACACGGCAAUACUUUGCUGCAGAUGCAAGACAAUCCUUUCGUUCCAGCAAUACGCUGAACAGGAUCAAGUUGUCCAAUUCCAACAUGGGUGAGGAGAAGCUUACGCAUCAACAGUUUGAAACCUGCUGCAAGAAUGCACUUGCAGCAACAUUGUCACUGGUCUCCAAAGUCAGCGAUAUGAAGUCCAGCAUCCUGGAGGCCAUGUAUAGGAAGAGGUGUGAGCAGGAGAUCGAAGAUCCUGAAGAUGGAGACCCGCUAGAGGAAUUGGAGGAAGAGGAAGACGUCAAGCCGCACGCAAAGAGCAAGACAGAAUGCGAAGAGUUUCUUGAGCAUUUGCAGCAAGAUGCAGAGUGCAACAGGAUGUGGGCCUCUGAAGAUCCUGAUGCGUUCGCGGCUCAAGACCAAGAAGAUCCACUUGGCGUGGACGCAGAGACGAAGGAUUUGCCAGACGGUGAACUUCUCAAGCAUCUUUGCACUUUAGCCAACGUUGCAGAGGCCUUUGGCAUGGAAACGGCUGUCAGCCCAAAAAGUGGGGAAAGACGCGAGGGAAACCACCUGCCUUCAAGCCUGCUGGAAGCAGUGCAGAUGAAGGGUGACCUCUUCAACUCCCUAUUCAGACUGUUGGUGCGACUGCGGAGCGCCAAAGGAGGCAUGGACACUAUGUGGAUUCGCAAUUCCCGAAAUUCAAGACGAGCUUCGCG